AUCUUUUCCACACAAAAUGUCGUCAACAGGGCCAGAAUCGGGAAAGCAUUUAUUAUCGAUUAAGCUUCAAAGUCCUUCAUCAACUACGAAUACUACGGAUGCAACGACAACAACAACAACAACAGCAACAUGCAGCAACAGCAGUGGCAAUGAAUUAUCUAGUAAAAAAAAUUUGCCAAAAAUAUCACCACAAUUCAAUCAGGAAGCAUCAUUUUGUAUGUAUUUGGCUGCAUUUUCGGCAUUACUUGGUGCCAUUGGUUUCGGUCUUGGUAUUGGAUGGUCAGCACCAGCAUUUGAACAAUUAUCACGUAAUACAAGUGUACCACAUCUAUAUGAACCAAGAGAUUUAAAACUAUUAACAUGGAUUAGUUCAUCGAUGCCUUUGAGCGCAUUGUUUGGUGCUUUAUUUUCCGAUCUAGUUGUACAAAAAUACGGUCGCCGUAAAGCAUUGGUCGGUUAUGGAUUGCCAUUUGCAAUGGGAUGGCUAUUGAUUAUUGCUUCAAAUAAUGGCUACAUGUUUUUGCUUGGUCGAAUUAUAUUGGGUUUGGCCAUUGGAGCAUUAUCUGGUACGGCACCAUCAUAUAUUGUUGAUAUUUCUACCACAAAAAUUCGUGGAACUUUAGGAGCAUUAUUUCAACUUUUUAUUGUCACCGGUAUAUUAUUUGCCUAUGUUAUUGGUGCCUUUCUACCUUGGCGUAUGGCAUCGGUAGUAUCGAUUACACCAACAAUAAUACAAACGAUUUUAAUAUAUUUUAUGCCAGAAGGACCUAAUUGGCUACUACAAAAUAAACGAAAUGAUGAAGCGAAAAAAGCAUUGACAAGAAUUCGUAGUAGUAAAAGUGAUGUUGAAAAAGAAUUUGAAAUUUUAAUGAAAGAAUCAAAUCAAACAACAACGGCAACAUCGAACAAUGUUGAAAAGAAAACAGAUUCGAAAUGGAAAUUAUAUUUUCAUAAAAAACAUUUAAUACCAUUAUUUCUAUCAUUAGGAUUGAUGGCAUUCCAACAAUUAUGUGGUGUCAAUGCUGUUAUGUUUUAUGCAACAGCCAUACUUAAUGAAUCUGGCAGUACUAUAACACCAAGUUUAGGUACAAUAUUGAUUGGUCUGGCUCAAUGGAUUGCUACAUUUGCCGGAGCAAUAAUGGUCGAUUUUACUGGUCGUCGUUUAUUGUUGAUUAUUUCGGGCUCAAUACAUGUGUUUAGUAUGUUUGUAUUUGGUAUCUAUUAUCAAAUGUCAACCGCAGAUUUUUUUGGUUGGAUUCCCGUCGUAAGCAUGAUUGUGUUCAUCAUUGGAUUCUCAAUUGGCUGGGGACCUGUUCCAUGGUUAUUGGUGGCCGAAAUUACACCACAUGAAUCGAAAAGUUCAACUGUAGCCAUGAGUACUUGUAUCAAUUGGACAUUAGCAUUUGUCGUGACUAAAACAUUUAAAGAACUACAAGAAUUAUUAACCAAACAUGGUGUUUUCUAUCUAUUUUCCGCUUUAUCUGCUGUAAGCGUCUUAUUUGCGGUAUUUCUAUUACCAGAAACUAAAAACAAAUCCUAUGAAGAAAUUCGAACAUUUUUCGAGCGACGACCAUCACCAACAAAAGAAACAGCCGGCAAGUUUUCAAUCAUAGAUCUUACAAUGAAAGAUAGUGAUACACUAACACGUUCAUCUGAUUCGGCUUAAUUUAAAUAUAUAUUAAUGAAUGAAUAUGUAUGGGUGGAUGUGAUAUAAAAAUUAUUUAAUUCAUCCAAAAU